AUGCAAAGACGCACUGACCUUUUCGCCGCCGCCUAUGACAACUUUGGCCUACUCCUUAACGCGGAGAAGGUGUUGGUUAUGCGCCAGCCGCCACCCAACGCUGCCUACACUUCACCACACAUUAACGUUAUUGGCGUCCAUCUGCAAGCUGUGGACACGUUCGUGAUCCUGGACAACACCCAUUCUCGCAGCACCAAAAUCCACGAUGAAGUGGCCUGCCGGAAUCCCAAGGCUAGCCAAGCCUUUGGCCGUCUGUGA